UUAGUUUUGUCUUUGCCUAUGUUCGGAUUGUUAAUACAAUGCUGGUUCCUACCAGAAUCUCCAAAGUGGUUGAUGUCUAGAGGGAAAACGAAUAAGGCCUGGAUGGUUAUGACAAAACUUUUGCCAUCUGCAAAUGAUAUGAUAGUUGAUAAUGAUAAUCAAACAGAAAAAAAAAUCGAAAAGUCAAAAAUGAAUCAAGGAAAAUUGAUGGAAUUUUUAUCAACUUUUACUUCAUUGUUUUCUACUUGCGACUUAUUUGCAAAGACUGCUAUUUCUUUUUCUUGUGGAUUUGCUUGUGGCUUAUCAUACUAUGUUAUUGCAUUGAAUGGGGAUAGUAUUACUGCUGAUCGUUACAUAUAUGUUGCUUCAAAUGGAGUCGUUGAAGGUUUAGCUUAUUUGUCAACUGUGCCAUUAUUAAUGAUUUUUGGACGUAAGCAAGCUGUUUCAGGUUUAUUUUUUGCAUCGGGUGUAUUGCAAGUUUCAUUAUUACUGAUACCGCAAAAUAAAGCAAAUAUAUUAUUGCUUGUGACUUUACUUGGAAAAUUUUGUGUUAGUGCCGAGUUUUCAGUUUGCUUACUCUAUAUAUCAGAAUUAUACCCGACUACAAUAAGAAAUACUGGUCUGGGGACAUCAUUUACUGUUUCUCAGAUAGGGUCUAUCAUUGCACCUUAUUUAGUCGAAUUAUUGGGAGCGAAAGCAUGGUAUGGUCCUAGUAUGGUUUGUGGAAUACUAGGUAUUUUUGUUUCUAGUUUGGUUCUAAUGUUACCUGAGACAAAAGGAACUGUAUUGCCAGAUACACUAGAAGAUAUGACAAAUACUAAUUCUGUCAAAGUAUCCAACUGUUGUUUUGUGACCGUAACUAGUUGACCGAUGCGCUGUGCAUCUACAGAACCUGUUCAAAAAAACUUAUUGUAUAUUUUUGUCACAUUGCGACGAGAAGGUACAGUCGAUUCGGAAAGCGUGCCUGAAAGUCAUCGAAAAUCGUGGCAUAGUCGGCAUUCAACUGCAGAUACGAAACCAGUAAAAAAUUCGUACUUCUUUUGAAAAUUUACCGUUGCCGACUUCCAUAUUAAUCGCAAUUGAAAUCUACUCGCUGAUUGCAGUGUACAUCAUUAUGCGGUUAACAACUGUAUAGAAUGAAUGUCCAGAAUUCAUUCUUUAGCAUGUUACUUAUGGGCUAUGAGUUGAUAUACUUGCAUGUACUGUGAAAUACACAAUGGUUGACAAUUUAGAUAAGUAUAUUGAUAACUAUUCCAAAGAAUGGCGUCAGGCCUUAGCCUUGUUAUUGAUGGCUGGCACUCCAGGGAUAUUCAAUGCAAUUCAAAUAUCAUCAUAUGUGUUUCUAGUCGAUAAACCAUCAUACUGGUGCGAUAUACCUGUUUUGAGAAUAGCAGGAUGGAAUGAUCAGAUGAUCUUAAACGUAUCUACACCGUAAGAUUAAAAUAUAACAACAUUUACCAAAUUCUAUGAUUAUUUACUAUAGAAUAUUGGGAUAAUGUCUGUAUAUUUUAAACAACAUUGCUAGAUAAAAUAAUUACAUCCAUAAAUUAAAUUGAUUUUUGAA